GAUAAAUCUGUGAAAAGUCAAGGCCUUGCCUUGCCCGUUGCCAGUUCGCUAAUGCUGAAGGCAGUGUUUUUAUACCUUGGCUGAAGCUUAGGGGCAGAAGGGUUAUAUAGCCUUGGGCCGAAGCAAGGAUAUAGAACUCCGGCCAAAGGCCGAAAGGAACAGAAAGGAAGAAUCUCGCUUACUGUUACACACAAAGGUUAGCUUCUUGUUUGUCUGGAAGAUAACAUAAGAAGAUUAAAUGUGGAUGCCAUUGAGAUAUAGCAAAGUUUUUCUUUGCCAGCACUGCAGAAUGCUGGGCGGCGUGCGGCGGCUGUCGCUGCUGCGCAGCCAGGCGCUGGUGGCCGGCCAGUGGACGGGUGCUGACAACGGCGCCACGUUCGAGGUCACCAACCCUGCCACGGACCAGGUGCUCGGCUCGGUGCCCGACCUCGGUCCGGCGGAGACGGGCCGCGCUGUGGAGGCCGCGGCGCGCUACCAGACCACCUGGGAGACCACGCCGGCAAAGAGGCGCUCCCAGCUGCUGCACGAGUAUUUUCGCGUGCUGGAGGCCCACAGCGAGCAGCUGGCCGAACUCAUCACGGCUGAACAGGGGAAGCCGCUGGCUGAGGCGCGUGCCGAGGUGGCCUACGGAUCCGCCUACAUCGAGUGGUACGCGGGCGAGGCGCGCCGGAUAUACGGUGACUAUGUGGAGGGAGCCCCCAACAAGGAGACGCUGCUGAUCCGUCAGCCGGCAGGGGUCGCUGCGCUAAUCACGCCGUGGAACUUUCCGUUCGCCAUGUUGGCCCGUAAGCUGGGCGCCGCGCUGGCCUGCGGCUGCGUGGCCGUGGCCAAGCCGGCCGAGGACACGCCCCUCACGGCGCUGGCCAUGGCCGAGCUGGCACAGCGCGCCGGUCUACCCGACGGCACGCUCUCCGUGAUCACCAGUAGUCGCAGGAACGCGGCACCCGUCGGCGCGGCGCUGUGUGCCGAUCCGCGCAUCGCCGUCAUGUCGUUCACAGGCUCGACGGCCGUGGGGAAGCUGCUGUACGCCCAGUGUGCACCCACUGUGAAGAAGCUGGCACUGGAGCUGGGAGGCAACUCGCCGUUCAUUGUGUUCGACUCGGCUGACCUGCAGAAGGCCGUGGCCGGCUGCAUGGCCUCAAAGUUCCGCAACGCUGGACAGACGUGUGUCAGCACCAACCGCAUUCUGGUGCAGAACGGCAUCUACGAACGGUUCGUGGCCGCCCUCUCAGAGGCCAUGGACCGACAGCUGACGCUGGGUAACGGCGCCACCGACGGCGUCAACGUCGGCCCGCUCGUCAACGACGCCCAGAUGAACAAGGUGUCAGGCCUGGUAUCCGAGUCAGUGCGCCAGGGGGCGGCGGUGGUGCGCGGCGGCGGCCCGCACAGCCUGGGCGGCCGCUUCUUCGCGCCCACGCUGCUGCGGGAUGUCACGCCCGACAUGGUCUGCUUCAAGGAGGAGGUGUUCGGACCGGUGUCGGCCUGCGCCAGGUUUGAGACAGAGGAAGAGGCCUUGUCGAUUGCCAACAAUACGGACGCCGGUCUGGCAGCGUACAUGUUCACCGAAAAUAUCUCCCAGGCGUGGCGGGUCAGCAAGCGGCUCCAGUACGGCAUGGUGGGUGUGAACGAGGGUAUAGUGUCGCAGCCGGAGGCCGCCUUCGGUGGCGUCAAACAGAGCGGGCUGGGCCGCGAGGGCUCGCGCCACUCCAUCGAGGACUACACGGACAUCAAGUACAUCUGCUUCGGCACCCAGUGAGCCGGCAGACACCCGCGGGGGUGCCGGGGGUCUCACGGCGGCAGCUCCGAGCGCCGCAGCGAGGUCAGGGGUCCGACCAGCCGGCUGGCUCCGGCUGGGAGGGGAGGGGGGAGUUGUGGUAUGCUGUUGGUCUUCCAUUUGGUUUCCCACGGUGGUGACAGGCCGAGUUCAAAUAUUACAUCCCCGUGUUCGCGGACCCUCAGGUGGGACGCCGCCGAUAGUUAUACUUGCUAGCUAGACUGAAUAGUGAAAGUCCUAACAAAGUAUUGACUUUCAGGGUGUAACUAUGGCUUCGGGUAUAUGUUUCCUUAUCUUACCGUCGUUACAUAGUCAUAGUCUUUGACGAUACCAUUCUUAUGAAAGGUGUGGACGACAGGGAAUUUAGCAAUGGCCCAUGAAUCAGACAUAUACUUGGUGUUGCGCAAUGAUUCAGGCCUCUUUGGGAUGUUCUCUAGAUCUCAUAGCUUAUUGUUAUGGUUAAGGCAGUUGUUUGCCCAUGUCCUGCUCAGAUAUCUUCGGGGUGGUUUUGUGAUUAAUUACACCGUGCUUCCACGGGGCAAUAAUUUUAGCAGGCAUACGAGUAUCAGGUUACGUUAUAAUCAUGUGUUCAUUUGGGGUAUCCCAACGACUCUAUCGACGGUGAAAUAAUACCAUUGAAGGUGUUGUCUGUUGUUGAAUGAUCGUUUAAUUCUCUUGCAAUAGAGCUGGCCAGCUAGCAUCCUGUUGGCUCCAGAUGUGAUAUAGGUGUAAAAUGUAGCCUAUUAUGUUUAAUAUUUCCCAGCCAUGUUGUGAGCUUUUCCUGUGAUCUGAAGAAGUUUUGAUGUGUACAGUUCAUCGGCGCUGUGUGCCAUUUUGAUACUCAUGGAGUUUACAUUGAUCAUGUUCGACUUUUGUUUGUUGACUCAGACCUCAAUAUGUCACGUCAAUCCAUAUUGGAGACAUGCCAAGGGCAGCGAAUACUAUGCCAUGAACGGACUUAAAUGCAUAUAAAUAUAAUCCAUGUAGCCUAUCUAAAAGUUUUUUUUUUUGUAUCAAGUUUUAAGCCGACAGACUCUAGUGCGAACAGUUUUGGUAACAUGUGUCACAUGUGUUACAUGUGUCAAAGGAAAAGUCGAGCUGUGCUCCCGAAUCAGGAGAGGCGGGACGUGGAAACGUUAACAGUCUUCCAACUCAGUGCUUUUGUGAUGUGUCCCAACUUUAUCAGUUUUCCUUGGCCCCUGAAGGCCUCAUCUCAUUAAUACAAGGGGUUUCUGCUCUC